UUGGUCAGUCAUAGUAACGCGUGUCGUUGGAUAUACAUUUGCUCGUUUGUCGCGUGUCGCGAGAAGGGUCGUGACGAGCGGGGAGGAGUAGAAGGAGAGCGGUAGGUCGCGCGAGUUAUUGAAAAGUGUUCGCUUCCUUUGGGGACACGUAAAUUCGGUUUUGCGUUGGUUAGAAACGUCGAACGAACGAACGAACGAACGAGCGAGCGAGCGAGCUACCGAGGAACUCGCGUUUUCUUCCUCGCUCUUUCUCUCUCUCUCACUCUCUCUCUCUCUCUCUGCUUAUGCGAAAGCGCGCGCGCAACAUCAUCUCUCUCCCUCUUACUCAAUUUUCGCCCUCCCGUUCCCCCCUCUUCGGGCGCUGCACCAAGCUAAAGAAUAAAGAGAAGGAGAAGGAGAACGAAGCAAGCGAAAGAAGAUCCAAAGGAAGGUGGAGGUAGAAAAGAGCUUUAGUAAACGUUUCGGAGCUGUCGUUCGUUUCCUCAGUUUUAUGAUAAUCGUUCUAAGGUGUGGAUGUACGCGAUAUAAAAAGGCCGAGAAGAAAGGAGAAGGAAAUAGAUAGGCAGACAGAUAGAGAGAGAGAGAGAGAGAGAGAGAGAGAGAGGGAAGGAGAGAGAGGAAAAGCAGAUAGGCGCUCGAGACGUCAGAGAAAAAAGCCGGAGAGGGAUAGAUCGAGAGAAAUAAGUGACUCGAUUCAAUCGAUCGUAGAAUUUUUCUGGCGAAAGACUCGGUGGACUUUAUGUGUUCGAUCAGGUGACAGGAAGGAAGCCGCGAGAGAGGUAAGGUGCCGUGUCGCUACGAAAAUCGGAGAUUCCUCUGGAAGCGAGCCGAGAAGAAGAAAACGCGAGGCAAAGAACGGACAGAGAAAACGGACGAGAAGAGAAAAAAAGAAAAAAACAGAUCUGAAUCAAGAUGACGAAUAUCGUGGCUGAUUUGAUUCAUGGCUACAGGGAUCUCAUGGACAAUAAGUCCGAUCCUAGGGUAAACGACUGGGUGAUGAUGAGCAGUCCCUUCCCAACGAUGGCCAUAUGCCUGUUUUACGCAUACUUUAGUAAAGUAAUAGGACCGAAGUUGAUGGAAAACAAAAAACCGUUCAAUCUUCGACGUAUCCUAAUCGUUUACAAUCUCGUACAGACCCUCUUUUCCACAUGGAUCUUCUACGAGUAUUUGAUGAGUGGCUGGGCGAGAGGAUACAGCUUUCGUUGUCAGCCAGUCGACUACUCGACCAGUCCUUUAGCGCUCAGGAUGGCGAACACAUGUUGGUGGUAUUACUUCAGCAAAUUCACCGAAUUCUUCGAUACGCUGUUCUUUAUCCUGAGAAAAAAGAAUCAACACGUGUCCACCCUUCACGUGAUACACCACGGCGUGAUGCCCUUUUCCGUAUGGAUGGGAAUGAAGUUCGCACCGGGUGGUCAUAGUACAUUCUUCGCCCUCUUGAACACUUUCGUCCACAUAAUCAUGUAUUUCUAUUACAUGGUCGCGGCGAUGGGCCCGCAAUAUCAAAAGUACAUAUGGUGGAAAAAGUACCUCACAACGUUACAAAUGGUGCAGUUUGUAUUGAUCAUGAUGCACCAGUUUCAGUUGCUCUUCACGGAUUGCGACUAUCCUCGAAGCUUCAUGAUCUGGAUAAGUCUCCAUGGUUUCCUCUUCUUUGGUCUUUUCUCGGACUUUUAUAAAACAAAAUACACAGUUCAGAAAUCGAGGAGUAGGAUGGCAAACGGCACGAACAACGGUGCGUGCAUGCCCGUCCUCGACGAUUAUCCGACUAAACCAAAGCAAAACGGUAUAUCGACGUAUGCGACCAUCUACAACAAAGAGUACAACAGUUGUUACAGCAAUGGCACCAACAACGGCUACGUGGCGAACAACAACACCGAAAAGAAGCUCGCUUAGGGCCGUGCCGUCACAUCUCGAAGAAAGUUCAAAGACUUGCUUCGAGACGCGAAAGAUCCGCUCGUCUCAUCGAAUUUUACAUUCCGUUAACAGCAAAUAAUACGCGUUGACGCAACGUAGACGACAGUCGCUGCCAAAUGAUCGCACAUUGUCCGCCAUAGACGAGAGAUAGAGAGACGGAUGAGGAAGUGACGAUUUUUUUUCAGGGAGAAAGAGAGAGAGAGAAAAUAGUCCACGUCGAUGGGCUCGUCGAACGCACCUUUCUUUUCUUGCUUCAGCUUGAUCCAUCAUUUUCCAUAAUAACAUUGGCAAUACGACUUUCCGUAGAAAACGACGUUUCGUGUAACGUCACGUACGUACCACGUCCAUUAUUUACGCGACACUUUGUUUCGGUGUCGUGACGCUAAGAAGAUGGUAGAAUUGUUGCGUUUAAUUUUUCGUCAAAAGGACGAAAGACUCGAUUCUCAAAUAAUGAGGGAUACGUAGUAGAGCGGACAUGGAUACGUGUCCGAGAGGACGAGCGGAUUACAAGGGCGAAACGCGCACAAUUGUAAAAAAAUAAGAAAAAAAAAAGAAAAAAAAAAAAGAAAAAGAGAAAACUAAAAGGAACAAAAAAAAAAAGAAAAAAGAAAAUUUGAAAGAAAAGAAGUCACGCCCUUGCUUCGCGUGCGUUUCUUCUUUUUUUCUUUUUUUCGUCUUUUGUAAGCUGCCGUUGCACGUCCAACUAACAUAAACGUGUGAUGUUUCAUAUGUGAUUUUAAGCUAUUAUGGCUGGUAAAAGGGUUGGGUAGGUGGGUGGGUGGGAGGGUUGGUUGGGUAAGGGAAAUCAUCUUUGGAAACUUGCACGCCAACGCGUUUACGUGUUGCACGCGCGCGCGCACACACACACAUGCGCGCGCGCGCGCGCGUUCACCUACACUUUCACGUAGGAUAUAGACAUAAGAUAUUAUACAUGGAAAAUCGAUCACUAUCCCGAACUCUACUUCUCGUUUCAUCAUCAUCGGAAUCAUCCUCGUCUUGUCCGCGUCUCUCUAUUGCCCUUAUUGUGUUCAAAGGCUUUGAUGUUGAUCGUAGAGUUAAACGUUUGCCCUUUGCGUGCGCGCGCGCAUUCGAGGAUCGCGCGAUAAGGUGCUGAUUCUAAGUUACUAUAGCGUUUCUAAUAGCGCGUAUUAAUGGUUGGAAGAGAGGGGGAGGAGUCCAUUUUCAAUGGAAAUUUUCGAUCGUUCGAUGAGGUCGCUGGAAAAGGACAAAUUCGAGUGCUGGAUUUAAGAAACCAUCGUACUUUCGAGCCUGCCUGGCUGCCUGCCUGCCUCUCUGUCUGUCUGUCUGUCUGUCUGUCGGUCGGUCGGUCUGUCGGUCUGUCUAUUUAUCCGUUGUUUAUGAUAAUUUCUCUCUCUUUCUCUUUUUCCUUCGUCGUUCGUACGCGUUCGUACGUAUCCUCUCCUCGUGCUCAUCUUCAAAUUUCAGAAAAAUCUUUUCGUAUUGUUUGCCGUAUAUCUGGGUGAAGCGUCAAAAAUUAUUUUUAUUUAUUUUUUUUUUUUUUUUUUUUUUUUUUCCUUUAUUUUUGCUUUUUUAUUAUUUUUUUUUUGUUUGUUUUAUCAUACAUGUGUACGCGUAUGAAUAUGAAAGCACCAAACGUAAUCGUAUGCGAGGAUCCGAUAAGGAUCGACCAAAUUCAUACCUUCCGCGUUUUAUGCGAUUAUCGCGAAGAUACGAGCGAAAAAUCGAUAUAAACAUGCAAUCGAUUGGAAUUUAUCAAUUGUAUCAUCAUCUCGUAAUGUUACACGUACGUGUGGUAAAUAGAGGAGAGAGAAAAAAUUGAAACGUUUAUAAAUUAUAAACUUGCACUGAAAUCGUCGACAUUUGUACACUUCCUGUUUUAAUGAAUGUUUUAUUCAUGAAUGUAGAAAAAUUGAAUGUGGUGUAAAUAUUCGACGGGUACAUAUAUGUAACGUGUAUCUCGAUCGCUUUUUCAUUUUUUCUUUUUCCUCUUCAUGUUCACUCUUUUCGGUCGGUCAUUUUGAUCCAUAAUUCGACGUCGGCGUUUUCAACCGAUCAAAGUUUAGCGAUUACUUAAUACCUUCUUUUUUACAAUUUGAUCGCAGCAGUGCAAGCACUUGUCCUCUUUUCGUCGCACAAGCGUUCAGGCAUACGCGAAUACGUGGGAAAAAGAAAACGGAAAAGAAUUUGACCACUUGACUGUCGACCUGGAUUAUAAACUAUAUAUGUGUGUCAGCGAUUUCAUUCCGCAAGCUGUUUGUAAAUUCCGCAUGUUAGAAGCGAGCGAGCGAGAGAGAGAGAGAGAGAGAGAGAGAGAGAGAGAGAGAGAGAGAGAGAGAGAGAGGAGGGGGGAAGGAAAGAAGAAAAGCAAACGCAAGAAUAAGUAGGCAAAAGUUGAGAAAAUUAAGGCAGAAAGCGCUUUUUUUUCUUCCUUCAAAACAUAAGGAAGCGGAAGCUUCUCGCGUAUCGAAGACAGGCGUGUACCCGAAGGAUCUUUUGAAUGUUUGAAAAAUAAAAAAUAACGAAAUUACAAAGAUUACCUUUUCGAUGGCGUAUUCGCGCGGGGAAAUUCGAAUCGAUUAACUAGCUUAAAGAGAAGUAUCACACGCUCAUGGAUUGGUGUAGGCACAAAUGGAAUUUAUUUCUCGCGCAAACGUGAAACGAUUCGCGUCGGAAGAUCUUCGCGACUUUUCUUUUCUUAUCCUAGCUAUUAAAAGGAUAAAUGAAAAUGCACGCGGAAGGGCAGACUCGACUCUGUAUCGAUUUAUAGAGAAGGACCGAUAUAUCUUUGUACAUAUAUAUAAAAAAAAAAAAUGGGAAAAAAGAUACGAAUACGGUAUACGUAUAAAAAUGAUUAUAACGAAACUUCAGAAUCGAUCGAUAGUGUAAAGAGAAUCGUUCAAAGAAGAAAUAGAGGAUUUAAUGUAAUAAUAUCGGCGAUCGAUCGUCCUUGACUACCGUCGAGAAUGACGGACCGCUCGACUAAAUGAGACCAGGAAGGACGAUUGCAUGCGUCUAUCUAUUGUCGCGUACCUAAUGUUAUAAGAAUACGAACUCUGUAGCGGUUACCGAUUCUCAUUAUAUUUUUGUACAUAAUUGGGAAGAAUUGCUCGAGAAUAAAAGGAGAUUGAAGAAACGACGACGUCUCCCGAGAGGUCCUUGCGGGUAAGAGAGAGAGAGAGAGAGAGAGAGAGAGAGAGAGAGAGAGAGAGAGAGAGAGAGAGAGAGAGAGAGAGAGAGAGAGAGAGAGAGAAGGCAGUCCUCGUCGAUGGAUUCAUCGUUGGAAAACGCACCUUUCUUUUCUUACAUUGUUCCGUACGAAGUGCUGAGAGGGAAAAAAAGAAGAUGGCAGAAUCGUUGAUUAAACUGUUCGUCAAAGAGCGGAAAGACUCAAAUAAAGAGAGAGAGAGAGAGAGAGAGAGAGAGAGAAAGAGGAAAGUGACCAAUAGCGGACCUCUGGUCUCGUAUAACUUUCUUAUCGUUAACGUUAAAAUUCUCCAAUUGUCCGAAGAUUCGCUUCGACAGAAUUCAUAAAAAAAAA